AUGAAUCCAAAUACCCUUAAUACUAAGAGCGAUCCGGUAGCUAAAAGCAGUGGACUUCCAGCUUCAAAUGAGCAACAAAUGGGAGAUGAGCAAGAUGUGAGGAGGGAAUUGCAAGAUUCGGGCGGAGAUAAUGAAACACAGCCGCAACAAGGUAAAGAAUCUCUGAAGUUAGACCAGACAACUGAGGAGAUCAUGGAUCAAAGGCCAGUUCAGCAAGAGUUAGUCUUAAAUAGACCUAUAGAGGUAGAAGGUUAUGAGAUGGGUGCUGAGGGGAGGAUUGAUCUUGAUGAAGAGGGGUUAACCCAGGGAAAACCCAAGGAUGCUAAAACCGCUACAUGGAUGAGGAAGCCACUAACAGGGGAUAGAGUUCAAAGGCAGAAUGAAAUGGAGGGCAGAAAACCUGAAUUGAGGGUAAGGAUUGAAGGCAAUGAUUUUUGGGUGAGAGACUUGCUUGUGGAUGGUGGUAGGAGAUGGGAUACAACUCUUGUUACAGCACUCUUUAAACGAGAAGAUGCAGCGAAGAUCCUAGCCAUUGAAAAGCUCAAUCCUACAGCUGGGGACACAUGGAAGUGCAAUUUUACUGAGAAAGGUAUGUUUUCAGUCAAAAAAGCAUACUCUCUGAUGAUAGCCGGGAAGUUCUGCCGGGAAUUGAAGGAAGCGGUUUUCUUUGAUUUGCUGUUCUCUCUUAGCGGGAGCUCUGCCGUCGUCCGCAUGGAUUUGAAUGCAUCCCCUGAACCCGAAGAGGAUGAUGUGUUUCCUGAGCCACAUUCAGAAGAAGAAAAUGUACCAGGUGAAUUUGCUGACUACAAUGAACAUGCCGAACGUGGUGAGAGUGCAGUUCAGAUUUCACGCAGGGAACGUGAAGAAAGGAUGCAACGGAUACGAAGACAGCGUCCUGAUGAGAAACCAGCCUAUGGGUAUCAGUCCAGUCAGCGGGAUGCUGGGUAUCAAGUAAAGAGGCAGAGACCUAGUAGUAGACUUCCACCAGGUUGGUUAGACUGCCCUGCAUUUGGACAAGAAAUACGGAGUUUGGUGCCCUCAAAAGUUCCUUUAGGUGAAGCAUAUAAUGAUGAUGUUCCUCCUGGUAAAAGAUACUCAUUCAGGCAGGUGAUACAUCAACAAAGAGUUUUAGGAAGGAAGCUUGGUUUGGUGAUUGAUCUUACCAAUUCAAGUCGAUACUAUAAUGUGAAUGACUUUAAGAAUGGUGGUAUGAAGCAUGUAAAGAUUGCAUGCAAGGGGCGUGAUUCAGUGCCAGAGAAUGAGGCUGUAAAUAAAUUUUUCUAUGAGGUCUUCCAGUUUCUGAGUCAGCAGAACAAGCAACAAAAGAAGUAUAUUCUUGUUCACUGCACGCAUGGGCAUAACCGUACUGGAUAUAUGAUUGUCCACUAUCUCAUGCGUACGCUGCCCAUAUCUGUCUCUCAGGCAAUCAAGAUAUUUGCUGAUGCACGUCCACCGGGGAUUUACAAACCAGAUUAUAUUGAUUCCUUGUACGAUUUCUAUCACGAGAAGAAGCCGGAUAUGGUUGUUUGCCCCCCAACUCCAGAGUGGAAAAGAUCUUCUGAUCUAGAUUUGAAUGGUGUCGCGAUGCCAGAUGAUGAUGACGAAGAUGGAGAUUCAGCGGCUCCUGUACACGAGACUAAGGAGACACAACAGGUCAUGACAAAUGAUGAUAUUUUGGGGGAUAAAAUACCUUUUGACCAAGAACUAUCAAUGCGGCAUUUUUGUUACAGAAUGAUGAAGUUGUCUGUGCCUCAAGGGGCAAGAGGACCUCAGAACUUUCCUGGCUCACAUCCAGUUUCUCUUAACAGGGACAACUUACAAUUAUUGAGGCAACGUUACUACUACGCGACAUGGAAAGCUGAUGGAACUAGAUAUAUGAUGCUUAUCACCAUGGAUGGUUGUUACUUGAUAGAUAGGCAUUUUACUUUCCGGAGAGUCCAAAUGCGAUUUCCUUGCCGGCAUGCUAAUGAAAAGGGAAUGCCAGAGAAGAUGUAUCAUCAUUAUACUUUGCUUGAUGGGGAGAUGAUAAUUGACACAGUGCCUGAUUCACAGAAGCAAGAAAGAAGAUACUUGAUCUAUGAUAUGAUGGCCAUUAAUAAUGUUUCCAUCGUUGAGUUACCAUUUUACGAGCGUUGGAAAAUGCUCGAGAAAGAAGUGAUUGAACCUCGGAACCUUGAGAGACACCAUAUGUAUCAGAGCCAAAACCCUUAUUACAGAUAUGAUUUGGAACCAUUCAGGGUACGGAGGAAAGACUUUUGGCUGCUUUCUACUGUUACAAAACUGUUGAAAGGAUUUAUUCCAAAGCUUUCACAUGCAGCAGAUGGUCUUGUUUUUCAGGGUUGGGAUGAUGCUUAUGUUCCAAGGACACAUGAAGGCCUUUUGAAAUGGAAAUACCCAGAAAUGAAUUCAGUGGACUUUCUCUUCGAGGUGGUUGACGAUCAUCAAUUACUUUCUCUGUUUGAACGAGGGAAGAAGAAAUUGAUGGAUGCUAGGGUUGUGUUUCCUGACGGGAAUGAUCCGUCAACUUAUUCGGGGAAGAUUAUUGAGUGUUCAUGGAAUUCUGAGGAAGGUGUAUGGGUGUGUAUGAGGGUGAGGAUAGACAAAGGGACUCCUAAUGAAUUCAACACGUACAAGAAGGUUAUGAGAAGUAUAAAGGACAAUAUCACGGAGGAUGUUUUGCUGAACGAGAUCAACGAGAUCAUACGCUUGCCAAUGUAUGCAGAUAGGAUACAGAACGAAAGCAAAGCCCAUCAACACAAUUCAGCACGCCGUAGGUAA